AUGGAAGCACCCAUUGAAUUUAGCAACUCGGCAAAUAUUUCCCUAUGUGGAACCCUUAAGGGACACACAGACUCCGUAACGGCCAUCGCCUGUCCAACACGUCCAGAUGCAAACUACGUCGUUUCUGCAUCCAGAGAUAAGACCGUGAUGAUUUGGAACUUAACCCGCAAUAUGGAAAAUUACGGAGUUCCAAAGAAGGCCCUCAAGGGGCAUAACCACUUUAUCCAAGACAUGACUCUGUCCCCGGAUGGCGAGUAUGCACUGACCGCCUCGUGGGACAAGACCCUCCGCCUUUGGGAUCUCAACGUCUGUGCGACAACUUCGACUUUUGUCGGACAUAAACACGAUGUAAUGACGGUCUCCUUAUCUCCUGAUAACCGCCAAAUUGUGUCCGGUUCUCGCGAUAAGAGCAUCAAGGUGUGGAACAUAAAGGGAGAAUGCAGAUACACCAUCGAUGAUGCCCACUCCGAAUGGGUUUCCUCUGUUCGUUUCUCUCCAAACGCAGCAAAUCCGCUUCUCGUUUGUUGCGGUUGGGAUAAGGUUGUAAAGGUGUGGGACACCACCUCCAUGAAGCUUACGGCCAACCAUCUCGGCCAUUCUGGCUACAUUAACACCUCCAUGAUUUCACCUGAUGGUUCUCUCUGCGCCACCGGUGGAAAAGACGGUAAAGUUAUGCUUUGGGAUCUCAAUGAGCGUCAAUUUUUAUACUCCCGAGAUGCUGGUGAUGAGAUCAAUGCCCUUGUCUUUUCGCCAUCUCGCUACUGGCUUACUGCGGCCACUGCAUCUGGAAUCAUGAUUUGGGACUUGGAAACCAAGAAUUUGGUUGCCGAACUCACUGCUGAAUUCCCAUCGCUUGGGCCAAAGUCCAUUGCUCCCUCGUGUGUUUCUCUGGCCUGGAGCGCUGAUGGAACCACCCUUUACUCCGGAUUCACUGAUGGAAUCAUUCGUGUGUACCAGGUCAAUGCUUAG